AUGAUAGACUUAGAUGAUGAGUUACUUGGCAAUCAAGAGGAGGAAUGUGAGCCCCAACUCGAAGUUUCCAAUGAAGACAAUAAAUCAAUUGAUAAAAGUUAUAAAGGAAUUGAUCUCAGUCUCCUAGGCUUCCAUAUGGACGGUAUCAUUGAGAAAGAGCAGAAAGAUCUUGGUGUAUACGAUAUGUCUAGAAAGAAGAAAGAAGAGAACUCGAUUAUCCCAAAUGAUCAGCAUAAUUUACCGCAGGCAAUAGGCGAGCUUAACAAACCAACCCUAUUCUCUCCUUCAGUAAUAGUCCAAAAUACCCAAGAAGUUAACGAAGAUGAGCUGAGAAUGGUUGUUAAGGAAUUACAGAUUGAGGGAGAGACUAGAAAAGAGGAAAUUGAAGGGUUGAAGAAGGAAGUUGGAGGAUUGAAGGAACAAAUUGUGGAUUUGAAGAGCAAGAUGAGGGAGAGGGAGGAAUAUUGGGAGGAGAUUUUAAGAAAGUUUGAGGGAUUAAAGAAUCAAUAAAGAUUGAGAGAAUUUGGGUGAUCAUAGGGAAAUUAGGUACAGGGU